UCUCUUUCUCUCUAUGAACCACAUUUAUAAUCUCACAAACUCUCUCCUAACCUUUUCCUAAAUUUCCUCUCUUUUCACCUUGCUUCCAAGCACACCACUGUUUCUUUCCCUUCUUCAACUUGUUUCCCCUGGGGUUCCACUUCUCCUCUUAACAUUUUCUGCCCAAGUUUUUUCUUUUUGUAUUGCUUACUUUUUCUCCGUUUUUUUUCCUCAUGAAUUUGAUGCUUCUUGAAACUGCUGGCUUAUCACGCUUGUUGUGGCUAUUGGUGAUCAACUCUAAUUCAAAAACUUUCCAGAAUUUGAAUAAAGGGAUGAUUUUGUUAUUUAUUUUGAGGUGAUUAGCUGAUGAUUAGACAAGUUUGGACAUGUGGGUAAGCCUUCUUUUUGUCCAUGAAUACCUUGGGUGAAUGUUUAUGGACUAGUGCCGGUGAAUGGAAGGUAGAUAGGCUAAUCAUUUUCAGGUUUUGUGUCUUUGGACAAUUCACCCGCUUUAAAGUUUCAUCAUUUUUAUAAUAGAUUCUUGUUUAAUUUCUCAACUUGUCUUAAUUCAAUUGGAAUUCUGCAACUUGGUAGUUUUGAGGGGUUUUUGAGUAGAUGAAUGGAGGGUAAAUUUGGAGGCAAGCCUCGUCAUUUUUAUGGUCCAACGGCAUCUGAUUUGAAAGCAGCUGAAAAGAAGAGUGUAGAAUGGGAUUUGAAUGACUGGAAAUGGGACGGUGAUCUUUUUACAGCUACUCCAUUAAACCCGGUGCCAUCAGAUUGUAGGAGUAGGCAGUUGUUUCCUGAUGGGUCUGAAACUGCGCCAAAUGCAGGUUCCUCACAUAGUUCAUCUUCUUGUUCAGAACACAGCAGUCCUGGAAAUGAGAAAGGGAAGAGAAAGAUGCAGAAUAAGAAAAGGGCUGUCGUUGUUCUCGAUGAUGAUGAUGAUAAUGAUGAUGAUGACGAUGAUGGGGUAAAAGGUGAUGCUGGUUCCCUUAAGUUGCAACUUGGAGGACAGGUUUACCCUAUCAUGGAUGAGGAUGCUAAGUGUGGGAAGAAAACCAAGGUUACUGGGACUCCUUGUCGUGCAGUUUGUCAGGUGGAGGAUUGUAGGGCUGAUCUUAGCAAAGCCAAGGAUUAUCAUCGACGGCAUAAAGUUUGUGAUGUGCAUUCUAAGGCCACUAAAGCACUGGUGGGAAAUGUUAUGCAGCGCUUCUGUCAACAGUGUAGUAGGUUUCAUGUUCUUCAAGAGUUUGAUGAAGGGAAGAGGAGCUGUCGUAGACGUUUGGCUGGUCAUAACCGACGUAGGAGGAAGACUCAUCCUGAUAAUUUACCUACUGCUAAUUCACUGAAUGAUGAAAGGAAUAGUAGUUUUUUGCUGAUAAGUCUUCUGAGGAUUCUCUCCAGUAUGCAUUCUAACAACUCUGACCAAGCUAAGGAUCAAGAUCUAGUUGCUCAUCUGUUGAGGAGCCUGGCCAAUGUAGCUUGUUCAACUAAUGGAAGAAACUUAUCUGGAUUUCUUCAAGGUUUCCAUGGUGCAGCAAAUGCUGGGAGGUCUCUUGGGAAUCUUGAAAAGCCAACUGAUGUAGUUUCUGGCAGUACUGAACAUGUUAGGCCUUCUGGUUCUGCCUCUAAAAUAGACGACUGUGCUAAUCUCGCGGAGUGGCAGGGGGCUAUGGGUUAUUGUGGGACUGUACCUACUUCUGAUUUGGCACAUAGAAGAGCUAACAAUGAUGCUCAAGAUGGAAUUCUGUCUGGUUCGCCAUCUAGAACACUGAUUUGGUCGGGAGCCGGCUUCCAACCCAGAGCAAGUGAAACAGGGGAUACAGUUGAGAGGAUCAGAAUUGAUAAGAUAGACUUGAAUAAUGUUUAUGAUGACUCACAAGACUAUGUAGAGAACUUAGAAAGAUCUCUGGUCCUUAAAAAUCCUGUAAAUGGUUCUCUGCAUAGCUCUGUGGGUGUGCCUGAAUCACUCAAGUCAAGUCCUCCUCAACUGAGUAAGAACUCAGAUUUAACCCCUAGUCAGUCACCAUCUACCUCUGGUGGAGAGGCUCAGAGUCGCACUGAUCGAAUCGUUUUUAAGCUCUUUGGAAAGAACCCAAAUGAUUUUCCUAUUGCUCUACGUAGACAGAUCCUUGAGUGGCUAUCCCACAGUCCUGCCGACAUUGAAAGCUACAUAAGACCUGGCUGCAUAAUAUUAACAAUAUAUCUUCGUUUACGAGAGUCUGCCUGGGAAGAGCUAUGCUAUGAUCUCGGUUCCAGCUUGAGAAAGCUAGUUGAUGUGUCCAAUGACUCUUUCUGGAAAACUGGAUGGGUGUAUGCUAGGGUUCAGCACUCUGUAGCAUUUAUUUAUAAUGGAAGGGUUGUGCUGGAUGCUCCUUUACCUCUGAAAAGCCACCGAAAUUGUAAGAUCUCAAGCAUCAAGCCAAUUGCUGUAUCAGUAACCGAGAGAGCUCAAUUUGUUGUUAAAGGCUUUAACCUUAAUCAAUCCAGCACAAGGUUACUCUGUGCGGUUGAAGGAAAAUAUCUGGUGCAGGAAACUUGUUAUGACUUGAUGGAUGCUGUUGAUCCCAUCAAUGAACAAGAUAAACUACAACACCUUUGUUUUCUAUGCUCUAUACCAAAUGUUUCUGGAAGAGGAUUUAUUGAGGUUGAAGACUUUGGACUCAGCAGCACCUUUUUCCCAUUCAUAGUUGCAGAGCAAGAAGUGUGUUCUGAGAUUUGUACACUGGAAGGAGUGAUAGAAACAGCUGUACCAACCGUUGACAUUAACAAAAAAGAGGAGAAAAUGGAAAUCAGGAAUCAAGCACUGGACUUUAUACAUGAAAUGGGAUGGCUUCUUCAUAGAAAUCACUUGAACAGGAAGCUGGGUGACAUGAACCCCAAUCUAAAUCUCUUUCCUUUCAGGCGGUUCAAGUGGCUUAUGGAAUUCUCCAUGGACCAUGACUGGUGUGCCGUAGUUAAGAAACUUCUGGGCAUUCUCUUUGACGGAACAGUUGAUUUAGGGGACCAUAGUUCUAUGGAGUUUGCUUUGUUGGAUAUGUGUCUGCUCCACAGAGCUGUCCGAAGAAACUGCAGGCCCAUGGUAGAAUUACUAUUAAGAUAUGUUCCUAAUGAAGUGUUGGAUAAGCCUGGAUCUAAGCAGAAGCUAUCGGUGGAUGGAAACGACUAUGGAUUUAUGUUUAAACCAAAUGUUGUCGGGCCUGCUGGGUUGACUCCUCUUCACAUGGUAGCUAGUCGGGAAGGCUGCGAGAAUGUUUUAGAUGCAUUAACUGAUGAUCCUGGAUUGGUGGCAAUUGAAGCAUGGAAAAGUGCUCAGGACAGCACAGGUUUGACACCUAAUGAUUAUGCACGCCUUCAAGGUCACUACAGCUACAUCCACCUGGUUCAGAGAAAAAUCAACAAAAAAUCAGAAUGUGGAUAUAUUGUGCUGGAUAUCCCUGGAACCCCAUUAGACUGCAACUCCAAGCAGAAACUAUCAGAUGGAACCAGAUCGGCAAUGGCCGUCAGUCUGGAGAUUCAAAAGAUUAAGAAGAAAGCGAGGCAGGAUGGUUGCAAGGCAUGUGAAAAGAAGUUGGCCUAUGGAAACAGAAGAACAUCCUUGGUAUAUAGGCCGACCAUGCUGUCCAUGGUUGCUAUUGCUGCUGUGUGUGUAUGUGUGGCUCUGCUCUUCAAAAGCUCCCCUGAAGUUCUUUAUGUAUUCCGACCAUUCAGGUGGGAACUGUUGAAGUAUGGGUCCAGCUAAGGUAGCUAGGUAUGAUACCAGAUUCCGAUUAAAGGCUGAAAAACAUACGCCAAUUGUAUCUACAUGGCUAAGUGGAAAUUUCACCAUAUAAUCUACUUGUGAUAGUUCACUUCAGCUAUAUAUAGAGAGAGAGAGAUUACAAUUA